AUGAAGGGUCUGUUCCUUGUAUUGGCUCUUUGCCUUGAGUACGCCAGUGCCUUCUACUUACCAGGAGUGGCACCAACUCCUUAUAAGGCCGGUGACAAGGUCCCGCUUUUGGUGAACCACAUCACUCCCUCUAUCAACCAGGAGGAUAGUUCGGCAAAAACUUAUCUUUAUUCCUACGAUUACUAUUUCCCAAGAUUCCACUUCUGCAAACCCGCAGAUGGGCCCGAAAAACAGAGCGAGUCGCUGGGAUCUGUCAUUUUUGGUGAUAGGAUCUUCAGCUCGCCGUUCGAGCUGAAAAUGCUCGAAAACAAAACAUGCCAAAGUCUCUGCUCAGACACCUACUCAAAAUCGGACGCGGUGUUUGUCAACAGAAAUAUACGCGCAGGUUUCAAGCACAACUGGCUUAUUGAUGGGCUGCCGGCAGCCAGACAAAUGCUUGAUGAGCAAACAGGCACCACUUUCUACAAUUCGGGAUUCCAUAUUGGAUAUGUCGACGACGAAAAUGUUGCUCAUCUGUAUAACCACUAUGAUAUUUAUAUUGAGUACCACAAAAGGAAAGAAGAUGAAUACAGAGUCGUGGGCGUCAUUGUUGACCCUAAGUCACUCACUCAAACCGCCGACGUGACUUGUGAUCCUGAAACGCCUGUCCCUGUCACUUUGAGCCAGGAGGCCGAAACGGGUGUCACAUUCACCUAUUCCGUCUACUUCAUUGAGUCACCAACCGUCUGGGCCACAAGAUGGGACAAGUAUCUGCACGUGUACGACCCUAAGAUCCAAUGGUUCUCCUUGGUCAAUUUCUCUCUUAUCGUCAUUUUCCUCUCUAUCAUCAUGUCUCAUAUUUUGAUCAGAACAUUAAGAAAUGACAUUCAAAAAUACAACGAAAUCAAUCUUGACGACGACAUGAUUGACGAGAUGGGCUGGAAGCUAGUCUACGGAGACGUUUUCAGGCCUCCAAAGAACCCUAUGUUGUUGUCGGUUCUCGUCGGGUCUGGUGUCCAGUUCCUUUUGAUGGCUGUCAGUACCUGCGGAUUCGCUCUUCUUGGACUUCUUUCUCCAUCCAAUAGAGGCUCUUUGGCUACUCUGAUGUUUGUUUUGUAUGCGGUUUUCGGCUCCGUUGGAUCCUUCACGUCUGCAUACGUCUACAAAUUUUUCCAAGGUGAAGACUGGAAAACCAACAUGAUUCUGUCUCCACUGCUGGUACCUGGAGCUCUAUUUGGACUGUUCAUCUUCUUCAAUUUCUUCCUAAUUUUUGCACACUCGUCGGGAGCAGUGCCGAUUGGCACCAUGUUCGUUAUCGUUCUGAUCUGGUUUGCUAUCAGCGUCCCACUUUCAUGCUUUGGCUCUCUUCUUGGAUUCAGACGCCCGGCUAUCAAGGUUCCUGUCAAAGUUAACCAGAUCCCAAGGCAGAUUCCAAAACAGGCCUGGUACUUGAAGACAUCCAACAUGGCCCUAAUCGCAGGCAUCUUCCCGUUCGGAGCCAUUGCCAUCGAAAUGUACUUCAUUUACAACUCUCUCUGGUUUAACAGGAUCUACUACAUGUUUGGGUUCCUCUUCUUCUGCUUCAUUCUGAUGCUCAUCACAACGCUCUUGGUCACUUUGUUGCUUAUCUAUUACACCUUAUGCAACGAAAACUACAAAUGGCAAUGGAGAUCGUUCUUUGUUGGUGGUGGUAUCUCCGUUUAUGUGUUCUUGCACGCCCUGAUACUGUCAAAGUUCAAACUUGGCGGUUUCACCUCUGUGAUUCUCUACGUUGGGUACUCUCUUGUGAUUUCACUGGGAAUUGGACUUUUGUGUGGUGCUGUUGGAUUCAUUGGUGUUAUGGUGUUUGUUUUGAGCAUCUACAGCCAAAUCAAGGUCGAUUAA